GCAGUUUGCAGUUUUAUACUCUUUGGUACAUUCAGCAUAGAAAAUCGUACGCGUUGCUCGAACAUUUUAAAGGCCACGCCCCUUCGUGUAAUUUUUGCGUUCCAACGAAUCAGUCCCUCUUGCAGUUUUAUACUCUUUGUUACGUUUGAACUCUAUGCACGUUGUCGGUGUAGGCCCCUAGUCAAAAUAAACUCAGAAUGUUGAACAAACUUUUUAUAACUUUUUUGGCAGGCCUUUUGGCCAUUAUUGUGCAUCAUCUCGUAACAUUAACACAUAGUUUGCGAGGUUUCAAAACUGUCUACAAUCAUAAACCAGGUGCAUGCAAAGUGGUUCCAGGCAUUGUUAAUGGCUCAGAAGAUAUUGUUGUCCUUCCAAAUGGAUUAGCUUUCAUCAGUUCGGGUAUAGAUUUAUUUCACGUCUUUCCGAAUGCUGAUCCCAGAAUUCAAUAUUUUCAAGGAAGAAUAUUCCAGUUUGAUUUCAACAAACCAGAAGAAAAGGUUAAAGUUCUACCAAUAGAGGGCGAUUUUGACGUCAAAACCCUAAGGACGCAUGGUAUUGAUAUCUGGCAAGAUAAAGAAACAGGAAAAGUUAGAUUGUUUGCUGUUAAUCACUACUCAACUGAAGAUACAAUUGAAGUUUUUGAUUUUGACCAAGAGAGGGCAGUGUUGGUACAUCACAGAACCAUACAACACAAGUUGAUAAUCAGUGUAAAUGACCUUGUGGCUACUGGGCCUGAUAGCUUUUACUACACUAACGAUGGAUAUUACCGCGGAGUUAAGCGUACACUUGAAGGACUGCUCCUCAUGAAAUGGGCCAGCAUUGGUUACUAUGACGGCAAGGAAGCCAAGAUCAUCAGAGAGAAUGGUCACUUAUUCAAUGGAAUCAACAUGUCACCUGAUGGAAAGAUAGUGUAUGUCAAUGAGUUUAGUGCAGGGACGAUGCAUAUACUGCAAAGAGAAUCAAACAAUUCACUCUCUCUGUUAGAGACUGUGACUUUCAACAGUAUGUGCGAUAAUAUUUUUGUGGAUGAGGUUGGAGAUAUUUGGCAAGGCUGCCACCCGAUUGGCUACAAGUUCUCUUUACAUUCUCAAAACCUGUCACUACCUGCCCCAUCUCAGGUGCUGCAUGUCAAAUUUGCUGAUGAGAGUAGAAGACAGUACGAGAUAAGUGAAGUAUUCAGCAACGAUGGAAGUCUUGUUUCGGGAUCAUCGGUGGCAGCAUAUUAUAACGGUUCUAUGCUGGUGGGAACCGUCAUGGACAAAAUGGCAUAUUGCCAAAUUAUAGCAUAUUAAGUUGAAGAUUAUCUAAUAUAAAACAUUUGUGAUUACUUUUACAGCUAUAACUUUGAAUAAUAUACUUUGCCUUUUUAGUUGAAUUCCUUUUUUCUAGUGAAAUUGAAUGUAUUUUGACCACAUAUAUCUUUUUUCCACACUCUUAAUUUUGCUCAUAUAUAUGAUGACAUCAUUAUCACAUGUAUUGGCAGUGAGCACAGAGCUAUAGCAUUUGAUUGCAAUUGCAUUCACAUUUUGGUUUAUAUUAUUUUGCCAGUAGCUUUGUUAUUCUAAUUCUUCACUAGCAGUGCUUAUUUAUAAUAUAAAAAAGUAUUAUUUCCAUACCAAAAUUAGUUAAGUAAUUUAUAUACCUUAAUAACUUCAAAAAAAGUAAUAUUUGUACUAAAGUUAUGGAGAUUUUUUUUGUUGUAUCAGAUAGAUAAGAGCAAAAUUACAUUUUGGCAGUACAUCUGUCUAUUCAAGGGAAGAGGAUCUAAAUAAUAAUCCUAAAAUCCUGGAUGUUCUCUACAAAUAUUAGAUUUUUGUUUGUCUUGUGUAUGACAUUAAGUAAUGUUUUAGUAUGAUGUACAGUACUCUAUUUUUAAAUUUGUAUUUGCAUUUUAAAAUUAUAUGUUAGCAUAAUAAAUAAAUAGUAAUAAAUACUUGUAAUCAUUUUUGUUCUCAAAUGAUAUUAAUUACCUAAAAAGGAAGUACCUAAAAAACUACUGUAACUCAUAGUUUCAGUUUUACUAGGCCAGCUGGAUAAAAUCCUAUUUAUAUUGUUGCUUCAUAAUAUAAUGUGAAUAGAACAGGUUAUACAAGUACAGGUACUAGUGAUUUGAAUUUUUAAAAUUCUGCAUACUAUAAUAUAGUUUUUUUACUGUAAGUGCCAAUUUUGGGAAUGGACUGAAAUAUAUCUUGUUUUGAAUAAAUGAUACUGAAGUUGCAA